CCACUUUGCACCUCAGGUGAAAUCUGUGACUUCACACUAGAAUACACUUUAGCAGAAAGGAAUAAACGCCACUGAAAAUGGACUCCAUUAGAAGCUCACAAACUACUAAAGCCAUACAACGCAUAUCAGAGUCGGUGUUUGUGGGACUGUGUCAUAAAGUGGGGACCUCGCAACUGGUGGCCAUGAGGAGAGAUGUGGUGGACCUCAGGGAUAUGGUGAUGAAUCGAGGGAAAACAAAUAAAGACCAAAGUGUGAUGAUAAGUGGAAGUUACAGAGAAGGCUUCCGACUGAAAGGAUCAGAUAUGGACUUUAUGCUCUGGCAUAAUGAUCAGCGUAUUAUCUGGGAAUUAUCACAGUCUCAGUAUUACGACACGAACAGACAAUCACUGAUCCUCUGUGACUGUUCUGAUAGUCCACCAGGAUUCACUUUGUUAUAUUUACUGUCACCUAGCAUGGACAGAGACAUGCUUUGGGUUAGUGUUAGAGUGAAUAACAGAUAUUAUGUAUCUAGUUCUAAAUACAGACAGAUCUAUCUAUCUGUAUUGUCACCUGAAUUCAUUCCACAUGGACCCUGUGCCACUCUAACAACAGGAGCAGGGGAAAUUGAUAAUGCCUACUGUUUUGUUUGUGACUUUUGGCCUCCAUCUGCCUCCUCAUGGAUAGACAGAUGUCACUCAUGGCCCCAGCCUCAUGUUGUUGAUGAUAUAGUGAAAAAUGGAUGUCACUUUGUAGCAAUUGGACACAAGCUAGGAAAUCAUGAAGAUCAUGAAUGGAGAAUUUCUUUCUCAAAGGCAGAACAUAAACUUGUUUAUGCUAUGAAUCACUGUCAAUUCUUAACUUACGGUUUACUUAAAUUGUUCUUAUCAGAAAUAAUUAACAAUGGACUAGAUGAUGCUGAUAAAUUACUGUGUUCCUAUCACAUGAAGACGGCGGUUUUCUGGGUGAUUCAACAAAAUACAAUACCUCACUGGUGUCCACAAAAUCUUCUGGAGUGUUUCUGGGUCUGUUUUAAACUCAUCCUCAAAUGGGUGUAUGAGGGGGUCUGUCCUAACUUUUUCAUUCCAGGCAACAACAUGUUUUUGAGUAAAAUUCACGGCGUCAAACAACAUCAAUUAAAUAUAAGACUGUCAGAGUUGUAUGGGAAGGGUUUAGCAUUCCUGCUACAUAGUCCCUCCAUUAGAUCUUAUAUUAUAGAUGUCCUCCAUAACCCCAGAAACUCCAUCUGUACAGAUGAUCAUACUCUGAUUUCUGAGGUUGAGUUUGAUAGAUAUCUGUUUAAUGAAUUACUAAAUGAUCGUCUAGGAACACCAGACGAAUGGGACAUACAAAUCUGCAUUAAAUAUCUACAUAUAAUAGAACAGAUGAUAGGUUCACCCCUCCUGACACAGUAUCAAGUCCUCAAGCUACAGAAUAUCCAUUACUGCUUUCGUCCUUCAGAAAACUGCAUUUAUAUUACACAUGGAAACUUUCAUACCUGA